AUGCCGACUCUCGAACAAAUCAGCUACUCGCGCGAGGCCACUAUUGCCGCCUUCAAUGACUAUUACCAGUUCUUGACGACAAUGUAUUUGCCAGAGGAUGCGGGCGAAAAGCCUCCGGUUGAAGGAGGCUACUGGCCAUCGAUUACAAAAGAAAAAGUACAGCUUCUUGGCAAGAACAACGAGGUAUUCGAAUUGAUGCGCCGCCUAUCCUAUCUUCCAGAUGAAGCCUUUCUUGUAGCCUUUGCAAAGGCUGCUCAUUGGCCUUCGAUACUCGAGGGACCGAUGUCUAGCCAACUAGAACUCGAGCAGACAAGGCUUAUUUCAGAAGGAUUCUACUGGCAGGAUAUACCAUCAUCUGCCUUUAGCAUCGCAGCUUACGGCCACGAUAAUGAUGAGAUUAUCCUCGACACACAGUUUGGUCUUAUUUACUGGCUGGAGACCCCCGACUGGAUUCAAAACGAUCCUAUAAAAGAGCCUUUUCUCGAUACCGAGCUUUUGAGAAUGUACACGCCAAACAACGAACAUGAUUGGCGGGAACAUACGGCAUGGGCCAUUGCUGAUUUCUUUGAGGUUCUGAAAAAUGAACUUAGGCUGCUCAAGAGCGUACCCAUUACAUGCACCCACAUCGAAGGGUGGCAUGAGCCCGAGCAGGAUUUCUUCCAAUGCAAGGCGGGACUCGAGAUCUACUUCGUCCGGCGAACUUAUCAGAUGUAUGGUUGGCCGGAUUUGUCCGUGUACGACAAAGACUCGUGUCAAGAGGCAGUAGAGAGGCUAAUUGAAUCUUGGCAAGAGUUCUGUUUGUAG